UGCUGGUGCUGCACUUUGUUUUUGCUUUUCAUGCAGACACCACUGUCAGCACCUCACAUUCAAGCGAGCACUCUCCUCCGGCUGAAAUGGCCCCCGAGGAAUUUGGUGGCGGAAUGGUGGCAGUCUGCGUGAUCCUGGGACUGUCCUUUUUGAUCGGGAUGCCUGGCAACCUGCUGGUGAUCUGGACCAUUUUGCGCCACGUCAAGCAGCGCUCUCACACGGUGGUGCUAAUCCUUCACCUGGCGGCCGCUGACCUUUUGGUGCUGGUCACCCUGCCCUUGUGGAUCUACUCAUUGGUCCACUCUUGGGUGUUCGGAGAGGUCUCCUGCAAAGUCAUGGGCUUUGUGAUCAACGCCUGCAUGUAUGGCAGUGUUUUCCUCAUCACCCUGAUGAGCGUGGAGCGUUUUUUGGCCGUGCGCUAUCCCUUCGCCUCAGCUGGAUGGAAGAGGAAAAAGGCCCUAAAUAAAGCCUUGCUGUUUCUGUGGACCGCAGCCUUCUUGUUCAGUGUGCCCGCCCUCCUCACGCGGGUUGUUGAUAAGGAUUCGGGAGAGGAGCACUGUUUGUACAACCAAUACACUUCAGUCACUCAGGAGCUGGUGUGUGUGCUGCUGGAGACUCUGGUGGGCUACGUAUUGCCGUUCUCCAUCUUGGUAGUGUGCUAUGGCUGCCUGUGCACCCGCAUUACUCAAAUGACCUUCAAGUCCAAGCGCAAGUCUACGGUUCUCAUCGCCAGUGUGGUGGUGGUGUUUGCCAUUUGUUGGACACCAUACCACAUAGGAAACAUACUCUCACUGAUUAUCCUCGCCAUGGAGACGUCCUUCCCCCACAUCGGAGAUCAUUUAGAGGAUGUACGCAGCAACAUGGCCUACAUCAGCGGAGCUAUGGUCUUCAUCAGCAGCACCAUUAAUCCCAUUCUCUACAUGUUUGCCGCCCGUUCCUUCCGCAGUUCUUUGAGGGACACGGGUAUCGGGAAGCUCUUCCGACACAUCUCCAGCACCUCUCCAGGUGAGGGCAACAGGGAGUUCUCCUUUGUGUCUAAGAGACAAAACAAUCAGACCAGCAGCAGUCACUGUAACUCUGAGUCAAAAGAGCAAAAUGACAUUUCUGGAAACCACACAUCAUAGCAAUGUGAAUUAAUGGUCUAUGUAAUUUCGUGUAAAUACAGCAGUUUCUUGUUUUUGCUUUUUGUAUCUGAAAUUUAACUAUUUACAUGUACAUUUAUUAGCACGGAAAAGAAUGCAAUAAAGUAUGUAAUUCUUCAAAUAAUCGAUUCGCAACAAAAUAUUAAGCUCUCAGUUUAACUACUGUAAACCACAACCUCAAUAAUAAAUCAUUACAAAUGAAAGGAAUACCUCUUUGAGAGUGUCAAUUAAAAAAAGAACCAGCCUUAUUUUAGUAAAAGCAUUUUUUUUCUGUAUUAUGAGUGGUUUUAAUAUUACGGCGUCGGCACAACUGGUUAACCCAUCAGCUUCACAGUUCUCUGGUUGGGUGUUUCAUGUUUUCCCCGCUUGUGUGAGGUUUCUCCGAGUAUACCCUGGUUUCUUCUCACAUUCGGAAAACAUACAUGGCAGGUUAAUUGAAGACACUAAAUUGUCCUGAAGCAUGAAUGUAAGCGUGAAUGGUUGUUUGUCCACAAACAUUUGCCCUGUGAGUGGCUGGUGAGUGGUAACCUGUACAGGGUGCAGCCCACCUCUCACCCAAAGUCAGGUGGGAUAGACUCCAGCUCACCCGCAACCGUAAUGAAGAUAAGCAGUAUCGAAAAGAUGGAUGAUGUUGUGGUCGUAAGUGUUUAUUUAUUUUAGAAAAUCUAUCUAUCUAUCUAUCUAUCUAUCUAUCUAUCUAUCUAUCUAUCUAUCUAUCUAUCUAUCUAUCUAUCUGUCUGUCUGUCUGUCUGUCUGUCUGUCUGUCUGUCUGUCUGUCUAUCAGGCCUCUUUACUUCCUCUCCAUGACAAGAUUGCAAAAUGAAAAGCGACAUGCAUGUUCCCUUUGUUACACAAAAUGCAGAAUAAAGGUGUUGUUGCUGUU